UGCUCUGCUCUGAACCCUUUCCGGAAAAUAAACGACCGUCGCUCUUUUCAUAUUCAUCCAUCCAUGGCCAGUUCUAGCAAGGAAUCGGCCGCUAAAGCUAAUUUAUUUAGAAAGCGAAACCUUGAAGAUGAUUUGGAGAAGAAACCGAUUUUGAAGAGACAUAAGGAAACAUCCGACGAGAAGGAUGAGACAACGGCUGAUAGUCUUGAGCAGGCUAAUUUAAUCUCAGUUAAGGAGACGACAGUGGAUGAUGGCAUUCUCAUUCCCGAGGCAAUUUCCGUAACAAAUAAUACCCUCUUGCUUCGCCGUCUCUCUCGCGAAGCACAAAUACCAGAUAUCAUCUCUUUCUUCAGUGAUGUUGGAGACGUUGUUCAUGUUCGACUUAUAGUAGGCCACCAAGGCAAGCAUUGUCGCUAUGCCUUUGUCGAGCUUGCUUCUGCUAACGAAGUAAAGAUGGCGCUGGAAAAGAAGUGUGAUGAAUAUCUGCUAGGUCAUAAGAUUUUACUUUAUAUGGCUGAUUUCAAGAGAUCUACAUACCUUCUGCCCAAGUAUUGCAUAGAAUACGACUCUUGGUUUGGAAACUACAUUCGAGGAGAAAGCCUUCUUACAGAAGAAGACGUAGGAUUUGAUGACGUUGAGAAAGUACUCAUUGUCGCCAAUCUCUCUCCCAACACUAAAUUACCAGAUAUCAAACGUUUAUUCAAAUAUAUGGGAGUUGUUAGUGUUCGACUUAUUGUGAACAACCAGGGCAAGCAUUUGGGCUAUGCAUUUGUUGAGUUUGUUUCUGCUUACCUUGCAAACAAGGCUCUGAAAAAGAAGAAUGGUGAAUAUUUGCACGGUCAUAAGAUUUUUCUGAUGAGAGAACAUGAUGAAAUUCCUGAUUAUGUUGAGGCAGUUGCUGUAGAAAAAAAGACGAUCUUUAUCUCCCAUUUCUCUCCCCAAACUGAUAUAUCACAUAUCAUCAGUUUCUUCAAAGAUGUUGGAGAAGUUGUUCAUGUUCGACUUAUUGCAGACAACAAUGGCAGGCAGAGAAGGCGCUGGAAAAGAACGGUGAAUAUUUGCAUGAUCGCAAGAUUGUUCUUGAAGUGUUUCAUGCUCCAAACCAUCCACCCAAGUAUUGCAUAGAUUACAAUGUUUGGUACGAAGACUACCUUACACAAGAAAGCCUUCUGAUGGGAGAAAACGGGGCAGUGAAAGG